AUGGCGGAUUUUGAUGUGAGCAACGACCAGCUUAUGUCAAUACUCUCAGCACGGAAGUAUUACGCCCCCGAUACGGCGAAUGGCCCUUCCAGCAAACCAGAUUGUAACACCGUCCAAUCAUUACCACUGGGAUUUGGCGUUGAAGGUGACAACUCUGCGGGUCUGUAUGGAGCUGGUGCGGAAGGACUGGACUGCCUAAUAAACGGCUCUGAACAACAGUCUUUAUUCAUUCUAGAAGACCAAUCCACUAUGUCUUCAAUCGGAAAUAAUAAAUCACAAAAGAGGCCGGCUGAAGGUAGCAGCGAAGGCCCCAAGGAGAGGAGAAAGAAGCAGAUACGAGAGGCACAAAGAGCAUACCGACUGCGUAAAGAGUCGAGAAUUUCGUUUCUCACAAAAAGAGUUUCUCAGCUAGAGCAGGUUAUCGAGGAUAUGAGCACCACGAUAGCCACUUUCAGCGACUCCCUCCUCCAAUCUGGAGUCCUCGCACCCCACGCCAACCUCACACAAUGCACGCGAGAGACUCUGGAAACAUGCUUACAGCUAGCGAGAACAACUAAUGUCGAUGAUGAUGGAGCUUCAAUCGCCAACGGCAACCAGUCAGAGGUGCCUCCAACACCAAGGGAGGAUUCAGACCAAGCUAGCAGAGUGGUCAGACAACCACAAGUGGAAUUCUCGCAUUAUGUGCAACCAUUACUGUCACAGCCUUUGAGUCCGUCGAGCACGCCAGACUCAGACACUCCCUCGCACCUCCAAUGCUCUACAUUCAUGGAUCAACUGCACAUGGCCAUUCUGUAUCGUGGAUACUUGACUCUUUCCAACCCUUCCAUCUCUGCAGAUGGCGUUCGGCAAAAAUUUCGACUCUUGUACCCCGCCAUGGAUCGUGGCCUCCUAGCCUCAUAUUUUGCGGCUGCCCUUCAUGCCAAAAUUAGCAAGGUCGACCUCGACAAACAGUGGAGAUCAGUUCCAUUCUUUCAGUUAGGAGGUGCUGGAACACACUACGCCUGGCCACCCGAGCUUGGCCCGUAUACCCGUCGAUCUCGCCAUUGGCACUCAAUAUCUGUUCCUUUGUCACAUUUCUCGUCGGACAUACAAAGGGACCUCCAUGGCGAUUGGUUCGACAUGCAAGAUCUGGAGUGCUUUCUCAUGGAGAGGAAGGUGCAGCUUGUGACAGCUCCUGGCGCUGUAGAUUCGGCAGUGGUGAACAAACCACAUCGACAAACCCUUAUCAAUGCAAGAAAGCUAAUCACUGCUUUGCUGCAUAAAGCUCUUUGUUUAGGCAGGUCAGCCGGCUUUCGACGUUCGGACGUAGAGGCGGCAUUGAGCGGGUCAUCCUUAUUGUGA